UCUCGAUAAUAACAGUCUCCAAUCUCACGAGAAAAGUACCUAAACAGUUUUUUUUCUUCAAUUUUUAUUUAUAAAAUCCCAAUUUUCAGUAAUAUUGUCUCUCUAAAUUCAAUUCAAAACCCUAAUCGAAAAAUUGAAAAGAAUUUAUCCCCCUCUCAUGGUUCUUCUCCAAAACCCUAAUCCUCACUCAUUACUAUUAUUUCUCUUACUAUUUUUGAAUGGAAUCAGAGAAAUUUUUGAGGUUUAAUACUAAUAAUAAUAAUACUAAGCCUAUCAUGCCAACCAAUGACCUGUCUCAGAAGCAACCGCCGUCUUUGCUCGACAGAUUUAGGGUUUUGUUGAAGCAAAAAGAAGCGGAAGCUAGGGUUUCUGCUGAUGACGAUGAUGACGUGGCUGGUGGUCCUAGCGACGGCGAAAUCGUGCAUCUAUAUGAGCUCGUGCUUGAUGAAUUGAUAUUUAAUUCGAAACCUAUCAUUACCGAUUUGACUAUUAUUGCCGGCGAGCUUAGGGAGCACGGUGCCGGCAUUGCUGACUCUAUUUGUGCCCGUAUUGUUGAGGUCCCGGUGGAUCAAAAACUACCCUCACUUUAUCUAUUGGAUAGCAUUGUAAAGAACAUUGGCCGUGAUUAUGUCAGACAUUUCUCUUCCCGUUUACCCGAGGUUUUCUGUGAGGCUUAUAGUCAAGUUCAUCCUAGCCAGCAUCCUUCGUUGCGCCACCUUUUUAGAACAUGGUCCACUGUGUUCCCGCCGUCUGUGCUUGGCAAGAUUGAGAAUCAGUUGCAGUUUUCUUCGCAAGUUGGUAGUAAUCAAUCCUCUGGCUUGUCUUCAUUGAAGGCAUCUGACUCCCCAAGGACAACCAAUGUUAUUCAUGUUAAUCCUAAAUAUGUGCGUAUGGAACCUUCACCUUCAGAAAAUAAUUCUCAGCAUGUAAGAGGAGCUUCUACAAUUUUAAAAUCAUUUAGUCAAAAACCUUCCAUUGGAUAUGAUGAGAAUGACUCCGACCAUGUGGAGGUUGCACCCUCGCAGCUUGGUGCCCAAAGAUUAAAUACAAUGGGGAAUUUUGGCCCUUCGUCCUUUGGAAUUGGGACUCAUAAGCUGCAUCCUUCUUCGAGUUCCAGGCUUACAAAACGCUUGUCGCCGUCAAGAAUUGGAGCUGAGCGGCCUUUGCCUUCUCAACAUGAUGACUUUACAACAGGAAAUUCUGCUCGAACAUUUGUUGAUGGGGCUUCUCCAUCUCAUUCUGUUAUUGAUUAUGGACCUCUUAGACCCAUUGGUAGAGAUGAAGAGACAACUGAAUGGAGAAGAAAGCACUUUUCUGAAGAGAACUCUAAUAGGUUUGAAGCUUCUACUGUAUAUAGUCUUUCUAAUGGACAUGAACAUAAAGGUCCCCGAGCUUUAAUAGAUGCUUAUGGAGAAGACAAAAGGAAUAGAAUUACAAGUAGUAAACCCUUGCAAAUUGAACGUUUAGAUGUAGAUGGCAAAUCCAAUAAAGUAGGUCCAAGGUCAUGGCAGAACACUGAAGAGGAGGAAUUUGAUUGGGAAGACAUGAGCCCUACAUUGAUUGACCGCAGCAGGAGCAAUGAUUUAUUACUAUCUGUUCCACCUUUUAGAGGGGCUGGGGCCAGGCCUGGCUUUGGAAAAAGAACUGCUUCACAAUUGGAUUCUGCUAUUAGGAGCAACUGGCCUAGUCAAGCUCAGGUGCCUUUGGCAGAUGAUUCCUCUAAUGUUGCUGAUGAUUCAAUUUCCAUUAUUGGUCCUGGCCGUGGAGGGACAAUGCCUGCAUUCCAAACCGAUAGAAAUCAAAUUAUGGGUUCUCACUAUCCUCGAGAGGUUUUGAAGUUGCCACAUCACUUCCCUCAGUCGACAGAUCUCAUGAAUGCCAAGGGAAGAGGUAGAGAUUUUCAGAUGCCCUUUUCUGGAAGUGGUAUAUCCUCUUUGGGAAGUGAGAUUUUGGGUCCUCCUGUGGAUAAACUUCCCGAUAAUGAUGCCCAUAUUGGCAAUCAUCCAACUCUUCCAUCAAGAAUGGGUUCUACUGCUGCACCAUCAUUAACAGGAGUAUGGCCGCUUCCCAAUAUGCAUAAAUCUCAUCCACUUCCUCUGCACCCUAUUUUCUCAUCUCAGACGCAGAGUAGAAGUCAGCUUGAUCCUAGAAAUGCAAGUAAUAACCAGCUAAGUCAGGGUUUACAAAAAUCUUCUUUUUUGUCUGAGCAACAAUUCAAUGGUCUUGAAAGCAAAGAACACAGUUUCAUAAAGCAGCCACUAUUACCAGGCCAACACGCUGCCCUCAAUCAGCUACACCAGGCACAACUUAAUCAUUUUCGGCCACAGUUUCUUCUAUCAAAUGAAGUACGAGAAAAUUUUCCACCAUCUUUGGCUCCAGUGCCACCUCAUCCUAUGGCGCGACCUUUUGAUCAUAGAUAUGUUCCCCAAGGGGCUGCGAUAAGUAUGGGUGCUUCAAAUCUCGGGCCUCCGAUGCAACUGCAUUUACCUGCCAACAUCACAAACACUAUGCAUUUACAGGUAGGGGUCCGGCCACCUCUACCCCCUGGCCGUCCUCCUACUUCUCAUAUGAUACCCAUCCCUCAAAGUGCGGGUGCAGGUGUAUCUAACCAACCAGCAGGCGGUGCUUUUUCAGGGCUGAUUAAUUCACUUAUGGCUCAAGGUUUGAUAUCAAUGAAUCAAGCACCUGUACAGGAUUCUGUGGGACUUGAAUUUGAUGCUGACCUUCUGAAGGUGCGACAUGAGACUUCAAUAAGUGCUUUAUAUGCUGAUCUUCCUCGACAGUGCACAACAUGUGGCCUUAGAUUUAAGUGUCAAGAAGAACAUAGUAGUCACAUGGACUGGCAUGUUACUAAAAACCGAAUGUCAAAGAACCGUAAGCAGAAAGCUUCCCGCAAGUGGUUUGUUUGUGCAAGUAUGUGGCUUAGUGGGGCAGAGGCACUGGGAAUUGAUGCAGUUCCUGGAUUCUUACCUACUGAAGCUGUUCUCGAGAAAAAGGAUGAUGAAGAAAUGGCUGUUCCUGCUGAUGAAGAGCAGAAUGCAUGCGCAUUGUGUGGAGAGCCUUUUGAUGAUUUCUACAGUGAUGAAACUGAGGAAUGGAUGUAUAAAGGAGCUGUUUACUUAAAUGCAAUCGAUGGUUCAGCUGUGGGUAUGGAUAGGUCCCAGUUAGGCCCUAUAGUACAUGCUAAAUGCAGGUCUGAGUCAAGUACGGUUCCACCAGACGAUAGUAGAUCUGAUGAAGUGGCCAACGACGAAGAAGCUAGUCACAGAAAACGAAUGCGGAGUUGAGUAAUUAUGGUUUCUGAGUUUUCUCUAACUUAGUAUGAGUUUUUAGUCAUGUUAGUAUGCUCUGCCUUAUUUAUAGUAGUGCUCAAGCUUCCAAUACGUGGCUUGGUGCCCGAAACAUGUACAUUUAUAGUUUGCUCCUGUACCAUGCAUAUCCUCUUGCAGCAAAAGGUUACAAAAUUCUCUCUUUUUCUCGUACUUUUGCAAUCUUUUUAUGUCAAAACAUCUCGAAGGAUUUCAGGAAUUUUUUUGUUUUUAAAGAAAGGGGAGUAUAUUUUAGUUAAAAGAUCUUAGGUUCUUCAAUUUGGUUAAAGAGAAAAAAAGAGAGUGAGAUGGUGAAUGCUAGCUUUAUAUUUGUGAAGACAUUUGAUGUAAUUUUACUCCAUAAAGGAGUUUCUGUUAUGUGUAUUGCUCCUUGUUUUGACAUUCUGCAGGGAAGUUUAAGAGUUUCUAUGAGCAGCAGAUCCCGUUUGAGGAUUUACAGACCGAUUUUUAUCUAGGCCGAUGGAUCCGCAAAGCAGCAUCGAGAACAUUUUCCCCUUUUAAUCAAUUUUUUAGAUUCUUGUUUUGGUGAUGUAAACCCAGUAUGUUCUUUAAGUUCCUAUAUUUGCCGUCAAUAAACAUUACAAAGAAUGUCUUUUAUUUAAUUCUAAGCUGCAUUUCAUGAUUGAGAAUUUUUAAUGUAGAGUUAUUUAUUUC